AUGACGAAAUCUUCACAUUACGCGGCAACUACAAUGCUAAUGUUCUUGAUGGCUUUGCUAUCUCUAUCUGCGCAAGCACAGCCAGAUGAUAUUUUCCAUUGCCGAGACCCCAAGGAAGUCGACAAAAAGACCCAACUAAAAUGUGAAAAGGACUCUUUUGAAUGGAAACUGGACGAUUUGGAGGCGGACCAACCUCCUGAGAUCUGUGGACCAGCCUACAUUGCGGUGGGACAACCUCAAACCAUGCCUGCACCAGGCGAAACACCAGAUGAAUUGGAACCAUGCCUGCUUUGGAGUAUUUUUUAUGGAAGUCUAGUCACUGACGUGCCUACCAUAAGUCCAACAUCUUUGGCAUCGGCAACACCUUCUGCGCCCACUGACCCACCAACCACUGAAGAUGGCGAAGAUGGAGGUAUCUUCAAUCCUCCCACCCUUGCACCAGUCGAUGGCGCUGAUACUAUCGCUCCCGUCGUCCCUACCAUGGCACCGACGCUUGCACCAGUGGUUCCGACCAAUCCUCCUACAGGACUUCCAAGUGCUUCGCCCACCGUCACGGAUCCUACUCGUUUGCGGGUGGAAGCCUUUACCUUGACCUACGCAUUCAAUCGCAAUUUGGAUUUCAACAUUUUCAAUGGGCCCGAUCGGCUGGAAUUGUAUGACAUUACCUUGCAGCACUUUGAAACCUCACUGCGAGCCGAAUUGAACGGAGUCCCAAUUGACAAGAUUGAAUUGAACAUGCAGACGGCCAUUACGGCAGGAGGUCCCUUGACUUCUCCAGCGCAACAACAAGGAUCGCCAGGAGGAGGAGGAGGCAAAACCUGGACCGAACUCGUUUCAGGGUUUGUCCAAUUUGGUAUUCCAGCUCCGAUUGAAUCCUCCACCUUGCAAACCUUGGUCAGUGGCACCUUUAGCGGAAAUGCCUUGGAUGUCUACGAAUUCCGUCUCCAACUUGCCAAUGAUGAUAUUCUCAAGCAGAUUGCCAAGGUUAGCAUGGGACUGGAGGGUAUUGACGCUUCCAACGAUGACAAUGAAGAUGCCAUUGACGGUGGCGGUGGUACCACUAACAGCGAUGAUGGAUUGACUUGGUCUCCUUUGUUGAUUGCUAUUGUGGCCUGCGUGGUUAUUGGUGUCAUUAUGGCCUGUGUCUUUGCAUACUUUUUGUUGUACGGGCGUCGCCGUCGUCGUCGCAGCCGUCAAGCCAAGGCCCAAGAAGAAUACGUGACACGUGAUAUUCCAGAACUUCAAACGGACCCGACACCUCCGUCGGAUGAUGCCGGAUUGGAAUACUCUGCCGAAGACUACCAAAAGCAAAACGACUUUGAGCAACAACAAGAACAUAUCGAACAGCCACGAUACCCAUCGACCCUUCCAACACCAGAUGGAGUUAUGAUAGAUGCUGACCAUAAUCUUCACGAACCAUACUUGCUCAAUCCAGUCGAGAGUGAUGCUGGAUCCUCCUUGCGAAACGAUGGUGAUACUUUUUACGAUAUGGAGAACCAAUCCCUGGCCCCUUCUUUGUAUUCCUACCGAGAAGAAAUGAGCAUUCUGCCUGGGGGAGACAAGCAACAGCAAGCGCCAGCAGCUGUAGCCCCUCCGUACACCACUUUGGACUCGGUUCCAACACAACUGUCUUCUUUGGAGCAACCAGUUUCAGAAAGGGGAUCGCCUUCCAAGAAAUCCAAUACUUCAGCUGCUGUGGCUGGUGGUCUUUUGGGAGGAAUUGUUGGCAAGUACAUUGGAAACAACAAGAAAAAGAACCAGUCUGCACUUGGAGGAGAUGAUGCAUCGAGUUCCGAGGAUGAAUACGGCUUUGAAAAGGAAGCCAAUCCAAGCAAUGACGAUGCUAGCCUCCUUAAAAACGUUGACGAUGCCAGCCUUUUGAAAGUCGACACUGCGAACAGCAACCAGAGUGUUACCGGAAACAGUACCAGCCCUUCUUACAUCAUGGACGACCGUUCCUUGAUCAGCGAUGGACGCGUAGGACAAAUCCUUGGUGAUGUCCACAGCAUUCAGGGACAAGAGUCAACACAAAACUUUGAUGAUAUUUGGAAUGAUGACGACUCGGACGAUGAUGAUGGCAUCAAGAGUUCCAAGUCGACCAUUACUGAUCCCGAUGGAACAGAACAAAAUGUCCACGAUGUAUUGAAUUCUUCCGGCAGCUCCAAGCCUUUCGAUGAACCCAAAGAGGGUGCUACAACCGAAAGACCUUUCGACGAAGAGCGUAUUGAGCAAAGAGAUAUUGUCAUCCCCGACAUCCCAGCGAGGAAUAUGGCUCUGGUCAACAGCCAGCAAGAGACUGCUCGAUUCAGUAACAAUUCCAAUAGCGACCGUAACAACAACCAAAUGCUUGGACCACUUGAUGACGACGAAGUCUCCCAGUUGGGUGAUGAAGUCGACCUUUUGCCCCCCGAGCUCUUGGUAAGGGAUGAUGAGGAGCUGGUUGAGCCGGAACCCCCAGUGGUGGAGGACCCCGCAGUGAAAAAUAUCAAGGCUUCCCCCUUCGCCGAAAAUGAGACUGUGGCAGAGAAGGCCCCGGUCGAAGACGAAUCUGUUGAAGAUUAUGACCACCAUCACAAGAUUCCGGAUGACUCUACCUAUGAGGGAAGCAGUAUGUUGACGGAAGAAAGAUCCAUUGCAGAGGAUUCAUAUGGCUUUGUUGAUCAAAAGUUCUACAAGCCAUCAGUUCCCACCAAGCCAGUCAGUACGAGCAGCGAAGAUGUCAAGCUCGCCCUUCCACAAAAUUUGAAGCAAGAGCGCGGAGUCGUCGAUUCCGUACCAAAUGGAGACGUUGUCUUGGCCUCUUCUGGCUCUGGUGACGACCAAUCCAUUGAAGCCGUCUCUGUUGGAGCUGUCUCUACCGAAGCCACCCCUGUUGCAGCCACGCCUGUUGAACCUGCCGAUAAGGGCACGAAAAAGUCUGGGUUGACCUCCAAUAUCAAGUCUCUUGCUUCCAAACCGCGCCAACUGGUCAAGGGCAUGUCUGUGCGCAAGAAGAAGAACUCCGAUUGGACCAUGCCCUCCAAGGAAGAGCGACCUCCUCGGUCCGUUAGUCCGACGCCAUCUCAGGGAUCCACCGAUUCGGCCAAGUUUCGUGCGCUCAUGAACGAACCCAAUGUGUUUGAUACACCCAACAGCACUCCGGACCAAACCACUCCCAAGGAAGCUGUGGAAGAUACCAAGCGAACCACACCCGCACCUCUCUUGCAGCGAAUGCCAUCGGAUUCGGACGAAGACGAUUGUUAUCUUGACGAACCAGUGAUUCCGUACCCAGCUGGCGUUUUGCCAAAGACGUCCUAUGAGGAAAAGAAGGAUGACGGCAGUGUCGAAUUUUCCUUGGACGAGGUUGCUGCAUAG